UCUGUCUUCUGCUUUCUUCUCUUGCUUCUUCUUCACUCACCAUUUUUUUCUGUUCAUACAUUUCCUGCGGUUUUUCAUUUCAUCGGAGCUUGCAUGAUUCUGACUCACUCCAAUCGCAUCCCUUUGAUCCAAAUUCUCAAUGCUUUAACUGGGUGACCUUUUUUAGUUGAUUGUACAGCAAUACUAAAAUUCUCAAGCGGAACUUCCACAUUUUAUAUUUCAGAGAAAUGGGUUGUUUAUUUUAGUCUAGGAGGCAAGCAACUCAUUUAACUGAGCUUGAUCGUCAAAGAAUCUAGUUGGAGAAAUCUCAGUUCUUCUCCUCUUUUCUGCUUGCUUUUAGUCGGCGAGAACCUACUGCUUUAGAGGAAGUUGAGAAGAAUUUUGUGACUAUGAGAUGCAUGCUCUCUGGAGAUGGGGAGUCGGAGCCAAAUAUGGAUCAGGUUUCACAGCUAGUGGAGGAACUAUGCAAAGAGGAUGUUGUUGCUUUACUAAUCUACAAGUUGCCUAUACUGGGAUGGGAAGCGAGAAAGAAUUUAGUCUACUGUUGGUCUAUAUUGUUGAGACAUAAAGUUGACUCCAAGUAUUGCUGUGUAGAAUACAUUGAACAACACUUUGAGCUGCUGGACUUUCUCGUUGUAUGCUAUGAUAAUAAAGAAGUUGCCUUGAACUGUGGAAUAAUGUUGCGGGAAUGCUUCAAAUUUCCAACACUUGCAAAAUACAUUUUGGAGUCUCCAAGCUUUGAGUUGUUCUUUAAAUUCGUAGAGUUGCCUGAUUUUGAUGUUGCUUCAGAUGCAUUUUCUACCUUUAAGGAUCUUCUUACUAAACAUGGAAAAUUGGUCGCUGAAUUUUUGGAAGCUCAUUAUGAUGAGUUCUUUGAUCUCUAUGACAAACUUUUGACAUCUUCUAAUUAUGUCACUAGGCGGCAGUCUUUAAAGAUUCUAUCAGAAUUUCUUUUGGAGGCUCCAAAUAUCCAUAUAAUGAAACACUACAUCCAAGAAGUUCGUCACUUGAAAGUCAUGAUGACAUUGCUGAGGGACUCAAGUACAAACAUUCAACUAUCAGCUUUUCACAUUUUCAAGGUUUUUGUUGCUAAUCCUAAUAAGCCGCGAGAUGUGAAAAUUAUCCUUGCAAAGAACCAAGAGAAGCUGCUGGAGUUACUUCAUAAUCUGUCUCCUGCAAAAGGAGACCUGAUGUUUCAAGAUUCACAUCUCUUGGCUCUUGCACUAUUUCAGGCUCAGAAGAUGAGCAAUUUGAGGAGGAAAAGGAGUUCAUCAUCCAGGAAAUCGAGACUGUCAGGUUAAAUUAAUUCCUCUGCUAGCAUUGUUUGCUUAUGCAAAAUUGCAGUGUGUUUUUUGUCCUGUAUAUUCCUAUGUGUUCUGAUGUAUAAUAUCUUAACUGAACUAAUAUCAUGUAUCAAUGAAUCAAAUGAAGUACCAGGUAUGGGGUAUUGAAAGAAUAAUUAUGUAGUCGACAAAGAACCCAACUGAAAUAGGUAACUUUCAUGGAAA